ACUGACCCCCUAUGAGUGGUACAGCCCCCAUCCCUGUUCUCAAGGGCGAUGCAAUCUACUGGUGAACCAGUAUUCCCUGGGCAACAGCCUGUGGUUUCCUGUCGGUGGAUUCAUGCAACAGGGAUCGACGAUUGCCCCACGAGCUUUGUCCACCCGCUGUGUCAGUGGAGUCUGGUGGGCUUUUACCUUGAUCAUCAUCUCCUCCUAUACGGCUAACCUGGCAGCUUUUCUCACUGUGCAGCGCAUGGAUGUACCCAUUGAAUCUGUCGACGAUCUGGCUGAUCAGACAGCGAUUGAGUAUGGCACAAUCCAUGGAGGCUCCAGCAUGACAUUUUUCCAAAACUCACGGUACCAGACGUAUCAAAGAAUGUGGAAUUACAUGUAUUCUAAGCAGCCAAGCGUCUUUGUUAAAAGCACAGAAGAAGGCAUCGCCCGGGUGCUCAACUCCAACUAUGCUUUCCUGCUGGAGUCCACCAUGAACGAGUAUUACCGCCAGCGCAAUUGCAACCUCACCCAGGUCGGGGGCCUUCUGGACACCAAGGGCUACGGGAUUGGCAUGCCAGUCGGUUCUCUUUUCCGUGAUGAGUUUGACUUGGCCAUUCUCCAGCUGCAGGAGACCAACCGCCUGGAAAUCCUGAAGCGAAAGUGGUGGGAGGGCGGACAGUGUCCUAAAGAGGAGGACCAUCGAGCCAAGG